AUGGUAUGUCUUCUUACUGCUAUCUGCCUCUUGGGCUCCUUCGUGAAUCUUGCUGUUCAGGCCCAGAACCCCCACCAUGCCAUCGAUCCCACCCUUUUCGCCGGUAUCAAACCGAAUACCGAACUUGAAUGGCAUGCCUGUUACUCUGUAUUCAAGUGUGCGCGGUUGAAAGUUCACGCAAAGAUUGAUGACCCUCGCAACCCAAAGAAGGUCAAGGGGAAGUGCGGUCAACCAACCGUCGACCUUGCCAUCGUCAAACUCCCCUAUGUUGCUGCUCCAGGUGGUACCCCUCACCAAGGCGCAGUUCACGUCGCCUUGGGUGGCUGGAGCUCCUCGUCAACCAACUUCCUCGUCCGCUUCGGAGAAGACUACGCCCCCCUUUUCGCAGGAUAUGAUCUUCUCGCUAUCGACUACCGCGGCUGGGGUUGGACAACACCCUCCUUCCGCUGCUUCGCCACCGAAGACGAACGCAAACAAUUCGCCCUCUCAGAGCCUCCUCUCCUCGGAGCCGACGAUGCCGCAUAUUCUCUCCGCGAGAAGCGCGCCGAGGAGUUUGGAAAGAAGUGCAAGAAACACGGCGAGGACGUCGGCCGGUUCAUAGGCACGUACGCCAACGCCGUCGACCACUACACCGUCAUGAAGGCGGAAAACCGCACCAAGAUGGGUUUCUGGGGUAUCUCGUCCGGCGCCCACCUCGGACAGACGAUCGCCCAGCUAUACCCGGAGGCCGUGGACAAGUUCCUCUUUGACAGUCCAACACCCUCAACGCUCGCGUACACCGUAACCCAAGCCCAACCCUCCCAAAUCAAAGACGCGGAACGCGGCCUCGAAGCAUUCUUCUACGCAUGCCUCAACUCCGCCCCGGGAACAUGCGCCUUUACAAACACCUCCAAAACCACAACCGCCCUCCGCGCGCGCUACACAGCCCUCGAGGCAAAGCUCAGAUCCAAGCCCCUGAGCAUCCCGGGCUCCGACUACAAAUUCGACUGGUCCGCCCUCCACACCUUCACGACCACCGCCCUCCACGCCCCCGGCUGGUUCCCCGUCCUCGCGGGCGUCUUCGCAGAAGUCGAGAACGGGACAGCGGGGCCAGCCAUCGCAGGCGCAGUAUCCUCCUCCCUCGCCGUCCCGCCUGCCCCGCUCCCUCUCCUAACAGAAGAAGCGCCCUUCGAGGGCAUCCUCUCCGGCGUCUGCAUCGACGAGUCCCAGCACAUCAAGAACACCAACGACUUCAAGGCCUACCCCAAAAGCAUGGUCGCCGCCGCGCCCAGCGUGGCGCCCAUCUUCGCGGACUGGCGCCUCGUCUGCUCCAAGUGGAAAAUCGACCCAGCCAACAGGCUCCCAGACGUCUCCAGCGAGCCCGUCAGGACGCAGGGCAAGAUUGUCGUGCUGAACGGGGUGGGCGACCCCGCGAGCAGCGUCGAGGGCGCCAAGAGCGUCGCUGCGAGGUUUUCGCCGAGCGUGUUUGUGAAGAACCUGGCGCCUGGACAUACGAGCUUUGCGGCGGCGAGUAACUGCUUGUUUGGGCUGUUUUACACGUUCUUCGUGCUCGGGCAGAUGCCGGCGGAGGGGUAUACUUGCGGUGAUGUCUUUGCGCCGGCCUUUGGGGUGCAGAUCCCUACUGGCUUCUAG